CCAAACGAACGCAACGCAAUUUUUAAAAAGAUGGAAAAUAAUCUCGAAAAUAUGGUACCGCGGUUUGAUUUCCUCUGUCGAUUUUGCCUUGCAGAUGGUAACUGUACACCGAUAUUUCUUCCGGAUGGAACAUUCAACGAAAGACUCCAAAAAUCAUUCGAAAUUAUUGUUACCAAAGUGGAUGAGAAUGAUGGACUUCCGAACAACAUAUGCAAAAAGUGUCUUUCGUGCAUUGAGGAUUUCGUCGAUUUCGAGGCAACUUGUGACACUUCGUACAAAACGCUUGAGCAAAUUGCCCAACGUGUGGAACGAACAAAGCAAGAGCAGAGCUUCGAGAUUGUAGCAGAGAUGGAUGGGAAUGGAUUGUAUGCGAUUGAAUAUCUAGAAGAGUACGUACAUGGUAUGGAGGAGAACGUAUCCGAUACUUGCCCGGAGAAAGUGUUCCAGCGCCAAGAAACACAAAGGGACGAUCAUGUGGACAGCGGGGACAGCAAUUCAGCAAGUACGGAAAAUAUCAUUGAAGAUGACUAUAGUGAUGGCACAAACGGAGAACAAAACUCACAUCCGAUGUCCCUCAAACAAACAGAAGCAAUAGAAAACAGUUUGCCAGCAGAACAAAGUGGCCUGUUUCUUGCCGCCUUGCAGACAAAAGAAGUUGACACCGUCAAGAGGGGCAACCGAACCAUUCCUGUCGUGGAAUGUAUGUUCUGCAACAAGCUAUAUCGUGGUAGAAAUACAUUAAAAAAGCACCUUAAAAUUCACUUCCAACUUAAAAAUUAUAACUGCACUUUUUGUAGUAGGGCAUUCACUGAUCGUACCUCGCUGCGCGUUCAUGAAGUACGCCACACAAGAAUUAAAGCCUUUAAAUGCGAACAGUGUGAUCGAUCUUACUUUAGCAGCAGCGAACUAAAGCAACAUUACAACAUGCAACAUAGAGAUAAGAAUUAUGAAUGUAAAGUUUGUUCGGCUCGCUUUUCGGCAAAAGCAAUUUUAGAAGAUCAUACCAAGGUCCACUUACCAGAUCGUCCUUUUGUUUGCAAUAUUUGCGGACUUUGUUUUAAGCGAAAUCGAAACCUAACUCGACACAUGGGCAUACAUUCGGCAAAGACGAAAGAUCGACAAACUCAGGACAUGCUCGAAUGUUUUUGGUGUUCCCGUGUAUUUGAAACGCCAUCAAAGCUUCUUGAUCAUCUGAGAGACACACAUCAACAGGAGUAUGAAGAAAGACGUGUCGGUUCGCAUCGAUGCGUCAAUUGUUUGAAAACCUUCUCUAGUUUAGAUGAUUUUUUGCAACAUCGUAACACACAUUCACUAAUUGUCGUUCAAACGGAUGGGGGAACACUUCGUCAGUGUGGGGAAUGUGGGAAACAAUUCCGUUACCGAUCGAUGGCAAUGAAACAUCUCCGAACACAUAAAUCGGGCAAACCCAAACUCCAGUGUUAGUUCUAAAAAAUGCCG